UAGUGAACAGCCCAUUAUCAGCUGCAGUACAGUAUUGCACAACAUUUUCAUAUAACAAACGGUUUCACAGUAUUUGCUGAAUGAGUGUCACUUCGGACACCAUUUCAUUGACUAAGAGUUACCAUUGAUUAUCACCGAUGAUGGCAGUGGCCAACGAGGACCUCUUGAAUGAGAUCAAGUGCAUCAUCAGAUCGCUGGUCAUCCCACACCCCAAAGGCAUUGGCCUCAAGAGGCUGUGCAACGAGUACUUUGAUAUCGAGGGCAAAGAGAUCCCGUACCGCGAGCUGGGGUUCCCGAGUCUGACAUCAUUGCUGAGGUCUAUUGCCGAUACGGUUCGCAUGUAUGGCGACCUCCAGGACAUCCACACCGUUGUCCUAUUCCCGGUCGCCAAUGAGGACACGGCGCACAUCAUAUCACUCGUGAGCGCACAGAAUAAGAGCAAAGAGAGGGGACCCCCGAGAAGCCGGCCCUCCUUUCCCACUGGGAACUGGAGGACGGGUGGUAUACGAGCGGGCGGUCGUGGCAUGAGUCGCGGCGGUAGUCGUGGCGGCGGCAGAGUUGGCCGUACGGUAGGGCCACGUCUUGCGCCCCGAGCCGUGAAUCCCAUUCCAGUGGCCAAUUAUCUGAGACAUGGAGGCGCCGGCGUUGCUGUCAAUGGUAUGGCGCCGGCUGUUGCCGCCAAUUAUAUGAGGACCGGCAGUACCGGUGUUGUGAACGGUAUGGCUCGCAAUCCGGUCAGUGGUCUCGUGAACCAAAUGAGCCAAAAGUUUGCCAACUUUUCCAUCACUAAACCCGCCUCUCAGAUACCGGAGCCGCCCCCCGGUAUGUCUCGACGUUUGAAUAGAUCUGACCCCGACAUCAAAGUCAAUGGCGUGAACAACGGACCAAAGAGGCCGUCCAGUAAUGGCAUUCCCGCCGAUGUCAAGGAGAAGAUCUCAAGACUGAUGGCAAUGCCUGACAUGGAGGACGGCUUAAUGCUCUUCAACUUCGCCCCCAGAUAUCGACAUCAAUACAAAGAGUCGUUUGAUUUCGAGAACUACGGAUUCGACAAUUUGGCCGAAUGUCUCAAAACGGUGCCACAACUCAUUCAAAUGAUGUCUGUGGGCACCAGUACUUUCAAAUUAAUGCCCGUCAAGGCAGCCGCACCAGUAGUCACCACCACUGCCACAGUCAAUGAUAAGCCGACAUUCAAUGAGAGACCAACAGUUAACAAACGCUUCUAUCCGUCCAUCACUGUCAUCGACUCCGCUAACCAAUGGUAACCCAUUGACAAUCACAUCGACUGCCACCGCGAGAACAGUGACCCGUGCGGUGACGACCACCACUGCCCCGAAGCCAAUACUUUCCACAUUUGCCUUAAACCUAAGAGCUGCACAU